AUGGAACCUCUCGGCGGCAAGUAUGCAUCUUCAGCCUGUACAUCGAUGUCUAUGGCCUUGCUCGUAUUCACCUUCAUCUCUAUUGUCCUCUAUCUACUAGUCUCCCACAUUCGGCAAAACUUACAGCUGAAUAUGAAGAAGACCCUUUCUUUACCCCCGGGACCGCCUCGAUUGCCAAUUUUCGGAAAUUUCUUCAAUGCGCCAGAGAUAUGCUUCAACUGGUUGACCCAUUACCAAUGGAAGUACUUGUACGGACCAAUCGUGCAUUAUGAAAAGGGAGGCCAGUCUCACAUCGUCCUUACAACGGUCGAAGCGGCUCACGAUCUUUUGAACAAGCGAGCAAGCAAUUAUUCAGGACGCACAUUCAGUCCUUACGCAGGAGAGCUCGUUUGUAACAACUACAACAUUCUCUUUCUACAGUACGAUACCCAGUUCCGGCUCCAUCAACGGCUCCACGCUAAGGGACUCAACCCUCGCUCCGUGGCGCCGUACCAUCCUCUGAUAGAGUUGGAAUCGCUUCAGCUGCUGAACGAUCUGUUGUCAGAGAUACAAGAGAAAAGCAGCGAGAAGCAAAUGGGAGCUGCUGUAAACCCUCACUGGCACUUCCGACGCGCAGCAUCCAGCAACGUGAGCAUGAUAGCUUGGGGCUAUCGGCUGCUGAGAGGCAAUCCCGAGCAUGAAGCACAAAUUAAAUUCUUCGACGUCGCCCCAACCUCGGUAGUCUUGAAGACUACGCAAACAUGGUACGAUAUCUUCCCUUGGCUAAAACAUCUUCCUUACGCCAUUUCUCCGUGGAAACGGGCAGCAAAGGUCCUCUUCGAGCGCGAGGAGGCUCAUUACUUGGGCAAUUUUCGCAGCGCACUCAAAAGACCUGGUUAUAACCUGAGCAAACAAAUUGCCGACAGCACUGAUACCUCGGAUAUGGGCAUGUGCGAGACCGAGCAGGCGUGGGUUGUUGGAACGUUGACAUUAGCCAAUGGUGAUACCAGCGUCGCCACUCUGUGUUGGUUCGUCGUUGCCAUGUUGACGUAUCCGCAUGUCUUUGGCAAGGCUCAGGCCAUGAUCGAUGAAGUCGUUGGUCAUAAUCGCUUGCCUGCUUUCGAAGACCGGGAGAAGCUGCCAUAUGUCGACGCGAUGAUCGAGGAAGUCAUGCGGUGGCGACCUAUCCUACCAGCUGGGCUGGACCAUGCGGCCGUUGAGGAAGAUGAGUAUAAGGGAUAUAGAAUUCCGGCGGGAGCGACGAUAAUUCACUCCCAGUAG